AUGUCUUUGACGUCUACUAUACCACCGCCCAAAUGGGUCGUUGAAAUGAAUACUCCUCUCGCUAAACGCGCCGGCAAGACCAGCUUUCGCAACCCACCCGGCUUCACCACCAAGGCGACAGGCAAGCAGCAAGAAACAAAGUCAGCCGUCGACCGCAAACCCAUUGAAACCGAUACCCUCAAACUCAAAAAGGCCUGGGAAGUCGCCCUCGCCCCUAGCAAACAAAUCCCCAUGAACGCAAUCAUGAUGUACAUGUCCGGAAAUAGUCUACAAAUCUUCAGCAUCAUGAUGGUAUUCAUGCUCUUCAAGGGUCCCAUCCAGGGACUGAUUGCCACAAACGCGCAGUUCGUGAAGUUCGAGACGGAGAGUAACAGGGCGAAAAUCUGGGGUUGCAAGGCGGUUUAUGUGUUGAUGCAGUUUGCGUUGUUGGGGAUGGGAAUUUGGAAGGUUAAUGCUAUGGGGCUGUUGCCUACUACGAGGUCGGAUUGGUUGGCGUGGGAGUCGGAGAGAAUAUCUCUGGAGCGUGCUUACUUUGCAUUUGGUUAG